UNGAUCUGCAGCCUCUGGUUUAGAGAAUUGUAUGUUCUAAUUGGUUUGGCUUGGCCCGAGUUCGAGGCUCGGGGAAUGGCACGCAUGGCUCGGAAUAUGGAAUCUAGCUGUGGAAGUUCAGGCGGCAGCUAUUUGCAGAAAUUCAGACUUUAUGAAACUCGCUCGGUAUAGUUGUUUGAUCUCGUUGGUUUGUUGCUUGAUUGUGUGUUUAAUGUUUUUGUCCUGUUUAGAUUGUGGUUGCUGUAAAAUUGGAGGGCUGAAUGGUUGGUUGAAGGCGUUGGUGUAGGUCUGUUGGGUAUUUAAGUCCUAUUACUCUUGUGGAUUGUGUAAUUCUCAAAUCCUCGAAAAGUAGACUUUAAUCUAAUGAUGUGUAUAUUACAGCCGUAGAUGUAAUCCCAAUAAGAAUUAAUAUAUUUUUAGAUGCUUGAAUAUGUUGGAUUUCAUGCCUCCAUGUUUCAUAUUCGCUGUUUAUCUCUGUUUCUCCCUUUUCGACUUUGAAUUUAUUAUUGUUCGUCUUUGUCUUGUUUGUCACUCUUCUUUGAUUUUACAAUUUUGUAUAAAUCUGCGGCGACUAGAAAGAACGGAGAAAAGGUGAUUUAAGACCCUUUUUUCAUCUCAUUAACUAAUCAUUCUUGUGUGGCUUUAUGUUGGAAAGUGUGUAUCGAAUCAGACAGAAUAUUACGGUCUUGACUUUUUACUGCUUGUAUGACGCUGGCCAAAGGUUAGCUCAAGCUGUAGAAAAAAAAAAAAAAAUUGUAAGUGAAGUAAUUAAGAAGAUAUGAUAACUGCAUUAUGUUGAGGUUGGGUUGUGCCAGUGGUUUUCUAAAUGUAGAUUGUAGAGACCUGCUAGUGGUAGAUGUAUCUAGAAACCUUUGUAACACAUGUUUAAAAAAGGUAGAGACUGUACACGCAUUUGUGCUUGUAAAUAUUAUUUCAUGUGCAUUGAGCAUUUUCUAAAAUCUCAUGUUCGUAUCCAGCUGGAUCUAGUGCGUAUCAAAAUCAAGUAUCUGUUGCAUUAAUUGAACUUUAGAUUCUGAAGUUGACACCUUGUCAAUGUUUGGCCAUGUCUGUGAGACGUACUGGACACGUUCAUAAAACAGAUAAAAUCAAUAUUUGGAAAGUGUCAAGUUACAUGUGCCUUAUAAAGUAAUGUAUAUCUUAUUGUAAAUUCGUAAACUUUAUGAGUUUUCCAAAUGCCCAAAAUCAACCAAUGGUAUUUAGAGGAAGGUUUACUAUUAUACUACGCUUGGUCAUGUUAAAUUGCUAUAUGCUGUUUUACAGAAAGAUCUGUAGCUAGACACCUCCCAUAUUCCUGGAUGUAUGUUGAAUAUGGGUGGUUCUCAACACUUGUAGUUAUGUGUGUUUUUGUCACAUCCUUGCUCUCUCAAUCUCUUUGCACUUUUGCAGUUCUCCCGUGUUCCUCUUAUUUCCUUUUUCCUUGAAGAAGGCAUCCAAGAAACUCGACAGCAAUGUAUUAUUGUUCCAAUUUUCACAUUCGUUAUUAUUGAUAAGUUUUCUUGUGCUCUAGAACUUCUAUAUGAUUGGACGAGACAAGAAUAGAACAUGUUGGAAAGUCUUGAAGAUCAACAGAUUAGAGCAGUCAGAGCUAAGUGUUACUGAAGAUACUACUACAUAUUCACAAAUUGAAUGUUAUGAUCUGCUGAAAAGAAUUCAUGAAGGGAACAAGUGUACUGGUGGAUUGAAGUUCGUCACCACCUGCUAUGGAAUUAUUGGAUUCAUAAAACUUUUGGGACCUUAUUACAUGUUGCUUAUCACUAAAAGAAAAAAGAUGGGCUCAAUUUGUGGGCAUGAAGUAUAUUCUAUUGCCAAAAGCGAGAUGAUUGCUAUACCAAAUCCUACUCCGCACACAAAUAUGGCUUAUUCUAAGAAUGAGAACAGAUACAAGAAGCUUCUGCGCAACGUGGAUCUUACCAAGGAUUUCUAUUUUAGCUACUCCUACCAUGUUAUGCUUAGUCUUCAAAAGAAUCUAACCAAUCACGAAACAGGAUUAGUUCUCUAUGAGACCAUGUUUGUGUGGAAUGAGUUCUUAACUCGAGGAAUUCGUAAUCAGCUCAAGAAUUCGAGUUGGACUGUGGCAUUGGUUUACGGAUCCUUUAGACAGGUUAAACUUUCAAUAUCCGGGCGUGAUUUCAAUCUAAUUCUUAUUGCCAGAAGAUCUCGUCAUUACGCUGGUACCAGAUACAUGAAACGGGGGGUGAAUGAGAAGGGCCGUGUAGCAAAUGAUGUUGAGACUGAGCAAAUUGUUCUUGAGGAUGUCGUGGAAGGAAAUCCUAUGAAAAUAUCUUCUGUUGUCCAGAACCGGGGUUCAAUUCCUCUCUUUUGGUCACAGGAGACUUCGAAAUUGAAUAUUAAACCUGACAUCAUACUAUCAAGGAAGGACGAGAAGUAUGAAGCCACCAAACUUCACUUCGACAAUCUAGUCAAGAGAUAUGGGAAUCCUAUUAUAAUAUUAAAUUUGAUUAAGACUCGCGAGAAGAAGCCAAGAGAAUCAAUUCUCCGUGCAGAGUUUGCGAAUGCUAUUGAAGUUAUUAAUAAAGAUCUUGCACAUGAAAACCGCUUGAUGUUCCUUCACUGGGAUUUGAGUAAAUACUCCAGAAACAAGGCAGCGAGUGUGUUGGCGUAUUUAGUCAAAGUAGCAACCAAUGCAUUGGAUUUGACUGGCUUCUUUUAUUGUCAAGUACUCCCAUCUUCAAGCCAACUCCCUUGCAGCAGCAACUGCUAUGGUGAUUGUUCUGAUGAGGACCUCUCCAAUGCGACUGAGGAUGCUUGUGUCCCGACUUCUAAAGAUAGUGUCAAUGAUGAGGUUGGAAGUCAUUUGGUCAAGCCUCCGGUGUUUCAGAAAGGGGUUCUGAGAACGAAUUGCAUCGACUGCUUGGAUCGCACAAAUGUGGCACAAUACGUCUAUGGGCUGGUUGCUCUUGGCCAUCAGUUGCAUGCAUUAGGAUAUAUUGCUGUUCCAAACAUAAGCUUAGACUCUGCUUUGGCUGAUGAUCUAAUGAAGAUAUAUGAAGCUAUGGGUGACACACUUGCUCUACAGUACGGUGGGUCUGCGGCCCAUAACAAGAUCUUUUCAGAGAGAAGGGGUCAGUGGAAAGCAGCAACACAGUCUCAGGAGUUAUUUAGAACUCUUCAACGUUACUAUAGUAAUGCCUACAUGGAUGCUGAGAAACAGGAUGCCAUUAACAUAUUCCUCGGACAUUUCCAACCACAACAGGGUAAGCCUGCUCUAUGGGAGCUGGAUUCCGAUCAGCAUUAUGACGUUCGAAGGCGUGGUUCUGAUUUUGCAGAAGAAAGUGCAAGGUCAUUUAUCAAAAGGUCUCUAUCUGAUGGCAAUAUUCUUUCUGAAGACAACUCGCCUAUUGUCGAUUCAAAGGUUAUACAGAUGGACAGUUCUCAUAGAACAGUGCCUGAUAAGGCUAAAGGCUGUAAACUGGGGCUUUCGGAUUCAACUCCAGAAUUUUCAACUUGUGAAAGUGAUGUAUCCUAUUCCAGGUAUACACCCUCAAUGCCCCGUACACGGCUUUUCCCUGAUUCACAACCAGAGAGGUAUCUGGACAAUGACUGCACAUAUUAUGUUGAUCGUGAGGAUUCAUUCAACUGUUCAAAUUUUCUUGAUGUUGAUUGGCUUUCUUCAUCUGGAAACUCUUGUGAAGAUGAAGCAUACGAGAGAUCAUUGCUCGUUGGAUCUUCAUCUGCUGCUGGCAUGUCGCUGGGAGAGCUAAAAACGGGAAUGAACUCAUCUUAUCAGCCUGAAUCCAGCUUGAAGGGAAAGGAGCUAGCCAGUGGUGACCUCAGCUGUGAUGCCGCCAGUAACUCGAACGAACUUUCAGGCUUUUCCGAAAGAUUCAUGCAGUGGGUCAAUGGAGAUAUGCUUUUCCCGUGAUGUUUACUUCAAAUCGUGCUCGAGUCCAUCUUAAGGGUCGAUCGAUGAUUGACCCAAACAAUACUCGAGAAGGAAAACGGUCAAAAUUUUUUCCUAACAGAGGAUAGGCAUUUAUCAAAUGAAGAAGCUUUUUGUUUUUCCUCCCCCCAAAUUGUACAUUUGCAGAAGUAAAUUUCAAACCUGUCUAGUUGUGAUUCUUAGAAGUCAUAGGACUUAGUUGUUACACACUUGUGCUACGUUGUCCUCUUGGUCUUAUUGGUUCCUUGUCCAAGCUAACAACUUGAUACAUUUUUCAAUUUUGUAAAUAUUCCAUUAGGUGAUUUAUUUACUCAAAUGUAAUAUAAUCAUAAGAUAAAAAUUAUUGAGAUCAUUUUAUUUUAUUUUUUUAA